UGGAGAUUGAUAUUGAUCUGCCGAAACCGCUACAGAGCCCGUACUCUAACUAUCUAACCUCACCGGUAUCGAAAAAGAAACGUAAGCUGAGCACAUCACAGCCAAACAAUCAAAGAACAAAGCGUAGAACACACGAAGACACGGAUAAAGUCGCCCCACCACAGGCACCCCUCACUACACCUGAUAUCAUAAUGGCAACAGAAACACUACACAUGCACGAUACAACAAUGAGAGACACCACCUCUCUAAUUGACAAUGAUAAGAGAGCUAAACAACAGCAGCGUAAAGUCAGGUUUACAAUGGGUCCACGAGCAGAUUGCUUAAAGUGCAAACUUGGUAUUAAAGGCCAUUAUUCACACUUUGAUUAGACAGCACAUAAAUUACAUCACGCAGGCAUUACUAAUAUUAUUUAUACCUUCGCAGAGCUUCAAUAUUCAAUAAAUUCAUAUCUAAGCAUACAUUUACUUUCUCUUACAUCAAACUCGGCGAUACUUGCUCUUCGAUUUCUUUGCUUAACAUUGCACAUAAAUCGGUCGAUGUUUGGACUCCUCUGAGUAUCUUCUAGUGGUCAGGCUGCGUUCAGAGAUAUAUUGCUAAGGCUUACCUUUAAUCCUUGUUCUUUCGUAAUCUCAAUAGCGCGUUCUAUGACAUCUUUGUCGAGGUAUGAUGCGCUAAUUUGUCGUUUAAACAUCGUUGCAAAUGUUUUGAUUUGCUCAGAC